UCACAAAAGCUCGCCGUCGCCGGGCAAAGCACCUUCACCCGCCUUCUCUCCCGUUCCUCGACAAGUCAACGCCCUCCGCGUGACUGUAACGGCCGUGACCCGUGCGUGCAGACCAAACACGUCGCCGCACCCCGACCCGCCCUCUACAACAGCAACCGCGGCGCCACCUCUCCCCGCCGCCCCAACGCAACUGCAACUGCAUUUCCCCCAGUGCACACCUGCCACACCCACCCACGCUCCUUGACUCGCCCGCCGCUCUCUAUCACGUGCCCCCGGCCAACCCGAAAAUACCGCUCUUCAAGCGCAAGAAGUCGCCCUCGAAAAGUGCCACAGUGCACGCGACGCAGCAGACCGACAUGGCAUCCUCCAUGCCGCCCGUCCCUGCAAAGGACGAUGUCCGAGCAACAUGGACGUACCUCGAAGCCGGUGUAGACAAGAUUAUGCACAGCCUGCGAGACGGCAUGGACAUGAAGACGUACAUGGGCCUGUACACCGCCAUUCACAACUUCUGUACCGCCCAAAAAGCCGUCGCCGGUUCAUCCUUCACAUCGCACAACAACCGCGGUGGGGCCCAUCUCCUCGGAGAAGAUCUAUACCAGCACUUGAUCGAGUACCUGAAGGUUCACCUUAAGGUGGUGCAGGACAAGUCGCACGAGCACACCGAUGAGGCCCUCCUCUCCUUCUACAUCAAGGAAUGGGGCCGCUACACGACUGCCGCCCAAUACAACAACCACUUGUUUAGGUACCUAAACCGCCACUGGGUUAAGCGCGAGAUGGAUGAGGGAAAGAAGAACAUCUACGACAUCUACACCCUGCAUUUGGUUCGCUGGAAGGAGGAUCUGUUCACUGGCACCCAAGAACAGGUCAUGCGCUCUGUGCUGAAGCUGGUGGAGAAGCAGCGGAAUGGCGAGACUAUUGAUCAGAUGCAGGUCAAGCGUGUCGUCGAUUCGUUCGUGUCCCUCGGUCUGGACGAGCAGGACAGCUCCAAGUCAACGCUCGACGUGUACAAGGAGUUCUUCGAAAAGCCAUUCCUCGCGUCGACGGCAGAGUACUAUGACAACGAGUCCAAGCAGUUCUUGGCGGAAAACAGCGUGGUUGAAUACAUGAAGAAGGCCGAGAUCCGCCUGGAAGAGGAGAAAAACCGUGUCAGCAUGUACUUGCUCGCCGAGAUUAUGUCCCCUCUGAUGCGCACGUGCGAAGAGGCGCUCAUUACGAAGCACUCCCAGGCUCUCCGAGAAGAGUUCCAGGUCUUGCUAGAUCACGACAAACAAGAAGACCUUGGCCGCAUGUACAACCUGCUUGCCCGCAUUCCGGAAGGCCUCGACCCGCUGCGCACGCGCUUCGAGACCCACGUCAGGAAGGCCGGUCUGUCGGCCGUAGAGAAGGUCUCCGUGGAGGGCGACAGCAUUGAACCUAAGGUGUACGUUGAUGCGCUUUUGGAGGUCCACACUCAGUACCAGGAUCUUGUCAACCGCGCCUUCAAUGGCGAGUCGGAAUUCGUUCGAUCACUGGACAAUGCCUGCCGCGAGUUUGUCAACCGGAACAAGAUCUGCAAGUCCGGCUCGAACAAGUCGCCUGAGCUUCUCGCAAAAUACACAGAUACCUUGCUGAAGAAAUCGAGCGCGAAGAUGUCGGAGGAGGACAACAUGGAGGCGCUUUUGUCUCAGGUCAUGACUGUCUUCAAAUACAUUGAGGAUAAGGAUGUGUUCCAGAAGUUCUACUCGCGCAUGCUUGCCAAGCGUUUGGUGCAGAGCACCUCCGCCUCGGACGACGCAGAGACCACCAUGAUCUCGAAGUUGAAGGAGGCCUGUGGAUUCGAAUACACCAACAAGCUGCAGCGCAUGUUCCAGGACAUGCAGAUUUCCAAGGACCUGAAUGGCACAUAUUCUGAUUGGCUAGAUCAGACGUACGAAGCUCCAGAGCGCAAGGGGUUCGUCGACGCCAGCUACAACAUUCUUGGAACUGGUUUCUGGCCUUUGAGCGCGCCCACCACGACUUUCACACCGCCUCAACUUAUUGUGCAGACUUAUGAACGUUUUACCACCUUCUACAACAACAAGCACCAAGGCCGCAAGCUGACAUGGCUGUGGCAUCUAUCAAAGGGCGAGAUGAAAGCCAACUACUGCAAGGUUGCUGGCGGCAAAAUGGCUCCCACAUUCCAAGUGUCGACGUACCAGAUGGCCAUUCUGCUGCCUUUCAACGACACAGAUACGGUCACAUACGACGAGAUUGCCGAACUCACCAAGCUCGACAAGCAGACACUUGACCCCAGCAUAGGUAUCUUCAUCAAGGCGAAGGUCCUCACUGCCACACCGGAGGGCGCCAAGCCGGAAUCGGGCACCACGUAUACGCUGAACCUGGGCUUCAAGACAAAGAAGCCGAAGAUGAACUUCAACAUUGCGAUCAAGGGCGAACAGAAGCAGGAGGCUGAAGAUACGCACAAGACCAUCGAGGAGGACCGCAAGCUCCUCAUGCAGUCGGCCAUCGUGCGUAUCAUGAAGUCGCGCAAGAAGAUGAAGCACCAGCAGCUUGUCUCGGAGACGAUUGCGCAGAUCAAGAACCGCUUCAUGCCCCGCGUCCCAGAUAUCAAGAAGUGCAUCGACAUCCUGCUCGAGAAGGAGUACCUGGAGCGUCUGGAGGGCGACGAGCUCGGCUACCUUGCCUAGUCCCCGCAAUCGUAUGUCUUUUUCUAGCGAGUAAUGGUUUUCUCAGUUAGGACCGGUGAGGCAAGAUGGCUUUGCGGGUCCGGUAUCUCUGCGCGUUAUGGGCUGCUCUACUUGGCGUUUUCACAGGACACUUUGUGUGUAUCGGGCAUCGGAUGGGCGCUAGAUGAGCUAUGGCUUCGCAUGUGACGUUUGAGCCCAGAGGGCUCAAUAGAUGAAGAAUGGAAAUGUGAGUUGAGUCGUGAGCGAGGUGGCUUAGCCAGCCUUGAAGUAAGUAGAGACAAACUUCAUUUAUCCAUAAUACCUAACUUUGCUCGCCCACUGUGGUCCC